UUUUUUGAUUAGGAAAUUAAGUCAGCCCAAGGGCUAACCCCUACCAAGGCUACUAGCCUUGUAGGAACUACCAGCACAUUGGCUGGUAAAGCAUGCAAAGCAUGCUAAGGAAAUACCCCAACAUAAUGCUGGGGGUAAGGAUCGAACCCCUGACCUCAAGGAUCAGAGGGGAGUGCUCUACCACAUGAGCUAUUUUGGGAUAAUUAUUUUUGUUAAUUAACCAAAAAAAAAAAAAAAAAAAAAAACAGCAUGAAACUGACUACUCAAGACUGAAGAGUCGGUUUCUCCGGCAACAACCAAUUUAGUAAUCCAACCACAAAAACACAAUCCUCCCUAAAACCCUCUCUUAAACCAACCUCUAUUUCAAUUUUCAACAGCUUCUCAAUUUCAUCAAUAAUUUCUUUUAAAUAAUAUAUUACGAAAAUAAAAUAAAAAAUAAAAUUAUGCCAGCUCUAAACCUACUCCUCCGGCGCACAAUAGCUUCCGCCGCCAUGAAGCCACCAUCAAUCCUCCGUCCUCCUCCAUCAACCCUAAAAUUGAGCACCGGUGUUUAUUUGAUAAGAGGAAGUAGGAGCACGUUAGCAAAGGGGGGCGCACGUUUAGGAGUACAGAUGGCGCACGUUAAGGGUCCUACAACAAAAAUAAUAUUAGUAAGGGGUAACAACAACAACAACAACAACAACAUUAAUAGGAAAAGGGUAUAUAUGCUUUCUUCAUCUUCUUCUUCAUCUCCAUUUUCUGAGGAGAGAGAAAGUGAAGAGAGAGAAGGAGAUAAAUUAGUUUCAUCUUCUUCUUCUACAACCUCAUCGCCUUAUCUCCUGACGACUGAGAUGGGUCAGGAGAGUAGGAAUAAUAAUAAUAAAAAUAAUGAUAAAGGAAAUAAUGACGUCGAUUGCCGAACAAACGACGUCGUUUCUGGUUCGCCUUUGAAAGAUCAAAAGGAUCAACAGUGUUCUAAAUUGCUUACAUUGCCCACUGUUUUGACCCUUGCUCGUGUUGCCGCCAUUCCUGUUUUUAUUGCAACAUUUUACGCGAAUAGUUGGUGGGGAGCAGCUGCCACAACUAGUAUAUUUGUUGCUGCAGCAAUUACUGAUUGGCUUGAUGGUUACCUUGCCAGAAAGAUGCGUCUAGGUACUGCAUUUGGUGCUUUUCUAGAUCCUGUAGCUGAUAAGCUUAUGGUUGCUGCAACAUUGGUCUUAUUGUGUAGCAGACCGCCUGAAGCUGCCAUGUUUGGAGAUAUCCCAUGGCUAUAUCCAGUACCUGCCAUUGUCAUCAUUGGGAGAGAGAUAACCAUGUCUGCAGUUAGGGAAUGGGCUGCUUCUCAAGAUGCUAAGCUUCUGCAGGCUGUUGCUGUAAAUAAUCUAGGCAAGUGGAAAACUGCAACUCAGAUGACUGCACUUACUUUUAUCUUGGCUACCCGAGACGGCAGUGUCUCUAGUCAAGGGGCUCUAGCCGCGUCUGGUGUUGUACUGCUCUAUAUUUCAGCCGGGCUUGCAGCAUGGUCACUGGUGGUAUACAUGAGGAAAAUAGGGAAGGUAUUAAUGAGAUAAUAAUAUGUUGAGGCUGCUGCCUCUGGUAUAUUCUACACAAUAUUCAUGAGGAUCUGAAUUGGUCCGUUUGUUGCUCGAGACAUCCGGACCUGAGAUGAUGGAUCCCUCAUCUUCCUGACGCUGAGAACAAAAGAUAUCAUAUUCAUGUUUCCUCCUGUAAACUGGGCAUUCUGCUGAACAAUCUUCAGCCGAGUAUUUGAGAUUGCUUUUUGCGCAAAUUCUUGUUCAUAUUAGUGGAGUUCUUUGGAGGAUUAUCACCAAGCGAUUCUGGGAUUAUUUAUAUUCAGGCAUAAUCUCAGUAUAGUUAUGUUAUCUGGAGAUUCUAGCAGCAACAAGCAGUGGAUGGAGAGAGGAAGGCAAGGGUUCAUUUGCUCUUUGUUUAAGUCUUUUUGUUGGAGGAUUUGAUUUAUUGAACUUGAAAACAAGUAUACUCCUUGUACUAUGUUAAACAAAGUAGGUAUCACUUAUACAUUAAAAUCAUGCUGUUUAUCCA